AUGAACUCCAAAUCCCUCCGCCGCCUCGCCGCAGACCACGGUUCCCUCCACACCGCCGGCCUACCCCCGAACUACCUCUUCCCACCGGGCUCCGACGACUCGUCAGACCUAACUACGCUUGACGUCCUGCUCGCCGGUCCUGUUGGGACACCCUACGCAUCCGGCGUCUGGCGCCUCCACCUCGACAUCCCACCCGCAUACCCCACCGCACCGCCCACAGCGCAGUUCCGCACGCGGUUGUGGCAUCCGAAUAUUGAUGAGGCGACGGGGGCGGUGUGUGUGGAGACGCUGAAGCGGGACUGGAGUAGUAGUCUCAAGUUGAGGGAUGUCCUAGUUACGAUAUCCUGCCUCCUCAUACAACCCAACCCCGCCAGUGCGCUGAACGAAGCAGCAGGCAAACUGGCCACGGAGGACUGGGAUGGAUACUGCAGGCGAGCCAAGCUCAUGACAGACAUCCACGCCGCGAUACCGAGGAAUAUCGAGGCGGAUGUGCGGGAGGCGCAGAUGAGAGGGGAGGACAAAACCAUAGAACCGGACCAACCCAUCGCGAAACCACACUCGAAAGGCAAAGAAACAGAGCGGGUCAAAGUCACGCCUGCGGGACCUAAACUCACGCGCAUGAAGAGUGAGGAUGAGGAGAAUAGCAGGGUCAGGAGGGGUGGGACUCAAGAUGCAGAGAGUGGGACUGAGGAAGAUGCUGUGAAUGGGCAAAGGGAUGGGAUGAGGAGAAGUAAGGUACCCGAGUCAAGGAGACAGGGUAAUAUCUUUGGGAUCAAGGGCUUGGGCGAUGGUAUGCAGCUCGACUCCCCACCGCCGAAGAGGAUUUUCGCUGUGCCGGGUGCGCAUACGCCACCUGUUUCUACUCCGAACGAGAAGGAGAAGGGGAAUGCGGAUGGGCAUGGAGAGGGAGAGGUAGAGGAUCCGUUUACGACUGUGACGUCGAAACGGAAUACCCACACCGAUCCUUCUAGUACGAUGGGAGGGACGGUAACAGCAACGACACAACCCGACACCGAAACUCCCGAUCUCCUCAAAUUCUCAACACAAAACCCCUUCGCCGCCAUCCAACCCAACAACCAAAGUCAUCCUCUCUUCAGAGAGUUUUCGUUUAGUUGGGAGGAUGCUAUGGUGGUGCAUGACGCUGGGGUUGGUAUGGCUGGUUCGGUUGGGAAGAGUGGUUCGGAUGGGAAGAGGGGUAAGAGUGGCAGUGGUGGUGGUGGUGGUGGUGGUGUCAGCGGGGUCAGUAAAGCAGAUGUACGUAAGAGACACGCGACGGAGGAGUUUGAGAAGAAGGAGAAGUGGGAGAUGAAGAGGUUUAAGCGGGCCGGGGGUGAUUUGAAGAGGUUCAAUCGGGGGGAUUGGGGGGUUAGGAUGGGAGUUGGAAGACUGUGA